AACGUAUGUACAUAACACGACUAUGAAUGAAACCAUAAUGGCCGGAAUGUCUGGGUCGAGAGUAAUUGCGGUGUAAAGUCAAAUUGUGUCUUGCAGUGCCCACAACUGUCUCGCGUCACGCAGUCAUAAUCCGCUUUUCCGUCCGUUCUGUCACGAUUUUGCGGGGAAAGUUCUCUACGACUAUCACGAUGAGUGGCGAAGGAUUUGACCUGUGCGAGUACAUGCAGAAUCACAUAUCCUUGCAGCAUCUACUUUCUAUCUUACGACAAUCGCAAGAUUAUUGUUCGGAUAUCGAAUGCUUCAAUGUGUCGAGAAUUCCAGGACCGCAGAACGUUCAGGAACCCUCAGAUUUCCUCUUUUCUUGUUUAAUUAUUGGCUUUGUCGUUCUCAUAUUUGUAUUUAGACCGAGAUCUAUGCGACAACCGUCUAGGAACGUUAUCAAGAGCAACAAUGAGCCCGGUUCACACGACGAUCCACCUUCGCCACCGACGGUGAAUUAAAAAGUACAAUAUUAUGGCAUUAACGGGAGAUUUUGUUAUUCCAGAUUGUACAUCGGGAUUUAUGCUAAUCUUUAAUAGGGUAAGAUAUAAGAGAGGUAUAUACGUUAUUACAGCACAGCUGUUCUAAUGUAUGCAUUAGCAGGAUAUAUCAAUCAUAUUUCUAGAAACAUAACUCCCUACAUAUGCGAUAAUCUUAAUUUUAUACAAUGCAGAGCAAAUUCUCUUUUAUUUAAAUUUUCUAUCUCUACAUAAUAAUUAUCAUGUAUCUAUAUACACAUCAUCAUUUAAUAUUUUUAUGAAAACUUUCAGAUAAAUAGUAGUAAAGUUUAAUACAAUUAUAUAUCACUAAUAUGAGAUCUCUAGCAUUUAUUCUAACAUGUCAGUCUUUUACAAUUAGCGGGAAAGAUUGCAAUAAUUAAUAAAGCGAUAAAAACCAUUUGCAUGCAAUAAGAAUAUAUUAUAAUAUAUAUUCAGUGUUUAAAAUCUUUACUAAAGAUGAUGAAAAAAUCAAGUGCCUGCAAAUGGACAUAGUCACCUAAUGAAAUUAUUUGCUUGAUAUUUAUAUUCGAUAAGAGAAAACAUUUGAUAUGAAUAAAUGAUCUAGAAUCUACUAAGAAUCACAAAAAGGAAAUUAAUGCAUACAGAUUCUCCCAUGUGCUGAUCACACACUCAAUAUACAAUUAUAUGCUGUAAAUAAUGUAAUCAUAGUAAAAUAAUAUUUAAUGAUUGAGAAUUUGA